UUUUUUUUUUUUUUUGAUAUUCAAUUACAUUACUUGUUGAAAACUUGUCCUAUUAUCCAACAAAACUUUCCGGUCAUAGUGGAAUAGAAUAGACUACUAUGGCCUCCACUAUUGAAUGCUUGGCAAAGCAACAGAAUACAACUUCCAACUCGGAUAUUUUAACUGAUGAUCUAGACUCAAGAAUAGAUGAAGAAGAUAAGAUAACUACUCAAGUAAGACAAUUAUUUGUGGGGAAUCUUCCAUUUCGUAUACGUUGGCAAGAUUUGAAGGAUUAUUUUAGAAAAGCAGGACAAGUAAUUCGAGCUGAUGUGGCUUUAAGCUUUGAUAAUCGAUCUAAAGGUCAUGGUACAGUCCUUUUUGCUACAGUAGAAGAUGCUCAAGCAGCUAUAGAUAUGUUACACAACUCCAAAUGGCACGGUAGAACAUUGGAAGUCAGAGAAGAUCGUGGUUAUAUCGAACAACCUUUGAUGAGAAAAUCAAAUUUACAACAAGAUCAUCAAAUACACAAUAAUAAUAAUAAUAUAACAAAACAAGAAUAUAUUCAACCUGGAAGACAAUUAUUUGUUGGCAAUUUACCUUUCCAUUGUCAAUGGCAAGAUGUGAAGGACUUAUUUCGAGCUGCUGGAAAGAUUUUAAGAGCGGAUGUGGCACAAGAACAAGAUGGUAAAAGUCGUGGUUUUGGUACAGUUUUAUUUGCAACAUUUGAAGAUGCCAAAAAAGCUAUAGAAAUGUAUAAUGGAUUCGAAUAUCAAGGAAGACAUUUACGUGUACAUUUUGACAAAUUUGCAUCUAAUAAUCAUCAUCAUCAUCAUCAUCAAUAUAAUAAACAAAAGGAAUACCUUUCAGAACAAGUACCUUCAAGGUUUGGAAAUACAGAAUUCAAUCAACAACCUGAUCCUGCUGUACUCGAAAGUUUAAAACAAACAUAUGGUAAUAACAAUCCUGGUGGUUAUGCUACAUUUUCUAUGGAACAAUCACCUUAUUUAUCAACUUAUCCAACUGAAGAUAAUAAAUCAAAAUCAACAAUGGGUUAUACUGAUUCUUCUGGAUUAUCUUCAUUACAACAACAACCUUAUUAUCCUCAUGAUUUUACAUCAAAGUAUUAUUCAUCAUCCAUGGGAUCAAAACAAUCUAUUUAUGAUCAAGAUAUUCAAUUGAAUUCAACUGGAUUUAUUGAAAAAGAUACAAAACAACAAUCAUCCUCAUUAUUCAUGCAACAAAGUCCUUCCUUUAUAUCCCCUUAUCAAUGGACUUCACCAAAACAAGAAACAUCAUCUCCAUAUCAACAUUAUCAACAACCUUAUUAUGAUAUAUAUACACAACAACAACAAUUAACAGAUGAUAUGAAAAGAAUGGGAUUAUCGAAUAAUAAUAAUAAUAAUAGUACAGCUGGCCUGACGAAUUUGGGUGAUUCAAGAAAUGAUUUUGGACUUUAUGAAAACAAGGAUGAUAGGGACAAUGGUUGGGAUACACUAAAUGGUUUGAAAAUUUGAAAUAUUUUUAUAGAUUGUAUAUUUAGUUUAGUACAUUAUUAUUAUUAUUUAUUAUUUUAUUCUUAUUAUUAUAUUUACUAUAUGAUUCUCUUGCAAAAAAAAAAAGACUUUCCUUUUUUAGGGUAUGAGUCUUAUUGUAAUCAGAGUCAGUCAGUGGCUUUUUGUGCCAAAAUAAAAAUAAAAAAAAAAAUGGGUUCUCCUAAC